AUGGCUGGAGGAGCCCCAUCUCUCUGUCUCCUCUCGUUGCUCUGUCUGGCUGCUCCCGCUCAGGGCCAGUGGUGGGCCUUUUUCUGGGGGAAAGGGAUCACCACACCGGCUCCUGUCAACACACCUGCCCCAACCACAGGAGUGACAGAGGAGACCACGCUCUCUGUGCUCCUCACCACACCGCCUGUUCCCACUGAGAAUGGAGCCAGCAAACCCAGGCCUAAGAGACCUCUAAAAAUGUGGAAAAGUGAACGGGGCUCAAAGGAUCACCUCGAUCUGACGCACCUGAUUGGCGUGCCCCUCCCUCCUUUCGUCUCCUUCAUGACGGGCUAUGAAGGCUUUCCUGCCUACAGCUUUGAACCUGAGGCCAAUAUUGGUCGGCUGACCAAGUCUUUUGUCCCUGACCCGUUCUUUAGGGAUUUUGCCAUUAUCGUCACCGUUAAGCCCACUAACACAAACGGAGGGGUGAUAUUUGCCAUCACGGAUGCACCCCAGCAGGUAGUGCAUCUUGGGCUGGCAUUGACUCCUGUGGAGGACCAUACCCAGAGGAUCUUACUGUACUACAGUGAGCCAGGAGCCACGCACACCCAGCAGGUGGCAUCCUUCAAGGUGCCUGACAUGACCCAGAAGUGGAGCCGCUUCACCCUGGCUGUGCAGGACGAGGAAGUUCGGCUGGACAUGGAUUGUGAGGAGUACCACACCACAGCUUUUCAAAGAGGUCCACGUCCACUCAGCUUUGAGCCUGGCUCUGGUAUUUUCGUGGCUAAUGCUGGGGGUACAGGCCUGGAGAAAUUUGUGGGGUGCAUUCAGCAGUUAAUCAUCAAACCAGACCCCAGAGCUGCAGAAGAACAGUGUGAGGAAGAUGACCCCUAUGUGUCUGGGGAUGGAAGUGGCUAUGAUGGUCUAGAUGACAGAGAGACUGAGGAUGAAUUGAUGAAAAGGGAGAAGGACAGUAAACAUAUAUCAUGGCCAGGGUAUGACCUGAGUGAGCCUGUCCAUGCUCCACCAACCAUGCCGCCUGAGCUGGAAGGGGAAGAAUACUCAGGACACCUUACUCCCACAGAAGAGAGCCGUCACAAGAUGCAGUUCAGAGGUGAGAAAUGCUCAGGGGACAGGAUAGGACAGAAAGGGGAGCGAGGAGAGCCGGGACCUGCUGGACCACCCGGGCUUCCAGGUCCCCCCGGUCCAGCUCUACCUCCUAAAGAGAGAGCAUUGGCGGGUCCUCCUGGACCCAGGGGUCCAAAAGGCCCUGCUGGAGCACCAGGCAGACCAGGGAAGGACGGGCAACCUGGUAGCAAAGGUGAAGAUGGAAAACCAGGAGAGAGAGGACUACCAGGAUAUCCAGGGCCACCAGGAGAGUCUGGAGUAAAAGGAGAAAAGGGUGAUCCAGGGAUGGCAAUACCUGGCCCACCAGGGCCUCCUGGACCUCCAGGGCCUCCAGGGCUAUCCAGACCAGCUAAAUAUCCUGAAGGUUUGGAUGCAUUUGGCUCUGGGCUUGGGGACUUAGAUGGUGAUGCAGAACUCAUCAUCAGAGGCCCACCUGGCCCUCCUGGACCCCCAGGGCAACCUGGGCCCCCUGGUCCCAGCAUCCCUUUCAAACCUUUACUCCCAGGACCCACUGGCCUCCCCGGGAUCCCAGGGAAGGACGGCAGGGAUGGACUCAUUGGUAAACCAGGACUUCCUGGUGUUCCUGGACAAGAUGGUGCACAGGGUCCAAAAGGAGAGAAGGGUGAUCCAGGAAAAAUAGGAACUCCAGGACCAAAGGGUGAAGCAGGAGAACCAGGAUUGAAUGGACAACCUGGACCAGUUGGGCCCAUGGGAGAGAAAGGAGAGCCUGGUCCCCCUGGACCUCCAGGACCACCUGGACCCUCAGCAAAUGGUUUCAUGUUGGAGGAUCUUGAGGGCUCUGGAAGAGAAGGUGUAAUAGGAACAGGAGUGCUUAAAGGCUCACAGGGACCUCCUGGACUCCCUGGUGAGCCUGGACCUCAGGGUCCACCUGGCGCUGAUGGAGCUCCUGGUUUGUCUGUGAAGGGAGAGCCCGGUGCUCCUGGGCCAGAUGGCAUGCCAGGAUUGGCAGGGUUACCAGGAGCCAGGGGUCAAAAGGGUGAAAAGGGCAGUCCAGGGCCAAAGGGAGAACGCGGACAGGAUGGACUAAAUAUCACAGGGCCUCCAGGUCCCCCUGGUCCACCUGGACCCCCCAUUAGCAUUCAGGAUCUCCUGCUCAAUGAUACAAGGGGCAUCUUCAACUUCAGUGAGAUCAGAGGGCCCCCAGGUCCAAUGGGUCCUGAAGGUUUGCCUGGCAGAGCUGGAUUUCCUGGCCCAAGAGGACCAAAGGGUGACAUUGGAUUUCCUGGUGUCCAAGGGCCUCCAGGUCUGAAGGGAGACAAGGGGGAGCCAGGUGUAGCCAUUGCUGCUGAUGGCUCUAUAAUGACAGGUCUGAGGGGACCAAGAGGGCCCAAGGGAGCCAGAGGUGACCGUGGCCUUCCUGGACCAGCUGGGUUAACGGGCCCAAUUGGACCAACUGGACCAAAAGGAGAAUAUGGAAUCCCUGGUCGACCGGGCCGUCCUGGAAUAGCGGGAAAGAAAGGUGAUAAAGGGGAAUCAGUCGGCCUCCCCGGACCCCCAGGUCCACCUGGACCUCCAGGCCUGCCGGGUCGUAUUAUAGGUCUGAAUGGAACGGUUUUCCCAGUCCGUCCUAGGCCACACUGCAAACAAACAAUUAAUAACAACAAAGAGGGUCCCCAAGGAGAAAAAGGGGACAAAGGAGACUUAGGAUACCCAGGCACACCUGGAUCUCCAGGUAAAGCAAUUGGAGAAAAAGGUGACCAUGGAUAUAAAGGUCAAAAAGGGGAGAAGGGUGAUCCAGGACUGCCAGGACCUCCUGGUCUACCGGGAAGAUCAGGCCUGGUGGGACCCAAGGGUGAAUCAGUCGUGGGGCCCCCUGGUAAACCUGGAACCCCUGGCCAACCAGGACAGCCUGGGUUUGGCAGACCAGGACCACGGGGGCCGCCAGGACCAGCUGGACCCCCAGGAGCUCCUUCACAUAACACUGCAGCUGCAAGCAUCCCUGGACCUCCUGGACCUCCUGGUUUGCCUGGUGCCCCUGGACACGGAAGCCCUGUGACCACAUUUAAAAGUGUCCAGAUUUUGAUGAAGGAGACCCACAGUUCUACUGAAGGGACCAUUGCCUACAUCUCAGACAAGAGUGAGCUUUAUAUCAGAGUCCGCAGUGGAUGGAGAAAGAUUCCGCUGGGAGUGUUGAUUCCCAUCCCAGCAGACAGCCCUGACUCAGCUGUGUCUCAGGGACUGAGCAGACCCAGUGAACGAAGCACACCCAGAGUGCACAGCCAGGAGUUACAGAGUGGCUUACCUGGCUUCAGCAUCUUGACACAACACUCACUUUCAGUGCCUGGGUUGCACCUUGUUGCCCUGAAUGCUCCUCUCUCAGGGGAUAUACGGGGGAUCCGUGGGGCUGAUUUUCAGUGUUAUCAGCAGGCCCGUGCUGUGGGCCUGACUUCCACAUACAGAGCCUUCCUGUCCUCACAUCUACAGGAUCUGAGCUCCAUCGUUAAGAAGGGCGACCGUAUCAAUAUGCCCAUCAUCAACCUCAAAGGGGAGAUGCUGUUUAACAGCUGGUUGUCUAUGUUUUCUGGCAACGGAGCGAUUUUUGAUCCACUUGUCCCUAUCUAUUCUUUUGAUGGACGAAAUGUCAUGACAGAUGAGACUUGGCCUCAGAAACUUGUCUGGCACGGAUCAAGCACGCAGGGAAUCCGUUUGACGACUAACUAUUGUGAGGCGUGGCGGGCCGGGGACAUGGCGGUGACCGGCCAGGCAUCUCUGCUGCAAACAGGCAGGCUGCUGGGUCAACACACGCGCAGCUGUUCCAACCACUUCAUCGUGCUAUGUAUCGAAAACAGCUACGUCCGUGACCCUCGCAGACCCUAA